AUGCAGGAGGGCAUGCAGCCGCCGCUCGCCUGCACCACCCGCACAGAGCUGGGGGCGAACAUCAAGCGCGAGAAGAUCGUGGAGAUAUGCGAGGGGUGCGGACAGAAGAUCCAAGACCGCUUCCUCAUGCGGGUCGGGGACCUAUCCUGGCACGAGCACUGCCUCAGCUGCUGCGUGUGCGGCUGCCCACUAGCCCACACUUGCUUCACGCGCAACGCCAAGCUCUACUGCAAGCCCGACUACGAUAGAUUGUUCGGCGUCAAGUGCACGCGCUGCGGCGACAGGCUGCUGCCCCAGGAGAUGGUCAUGCGCGCGCAGCAGUACGUCUUCCACAUACAGUGCUUCGUCUGCGUGAUGUGCUGCCAACCGCUGCAGAAGGGCGAGCAGUACGUGAUACGGGCCGGCCAGAUAUUCUGCAGGCAGGACUUCGAGAAGGAGAUGUACCUGAUGCAGCACGCCGAGGACGAGAUGAUCAUCGACGACUCCGACCGGCCGAGGGACGGGCGGCGCGGGCCCAAGCGGCCCAGGACCAUUCUGACGUCGGCCCAGCGCAGGCAAUUCAAGGCGUCGUUCGAGGUCAGCCCCAAGCCCUGCCGCAAGGUGCGCGAGGCCCUGGCGAAGGACACCGGGCUCAGCGUGCGCGUGGUCCAGGUCUGGUUCCAGAACCAGAGGGCCAAAAUGAAGAAGAUCCAGCGCAAGGCGAAACAAGAGGGCGACAAGAACACCGAGAAGGAGAAAGAUAAAGACGAGAAGAACAUAAAACAGGAGUCGCCGUCGAGCGACCACGGAAACUAUCUCGGAAUGGAUAACUCGUACUCGGCAUCGAGUCAGCCGCUAAAUCCGAACUUGCCUUAUUCCCCGGAUGAUUACCCCACGCACUCCGGUGACAGCUUCUGCAGCUCGGACAUAUCGCUGGACGGGAGCAACUUCGAUCAGCUGGACGAGGGGGCAUCAGACACGAUGAGCCUGCAGAACCUCGAGGUGCAGCACCACCCGCACCAGCACUCGGCCCACUCCUCCCACGAGCCGCUGAACCUGGGCACCGGCGCGGUCGUGAACCCGAUCGACAAGCUCUACCUCAUGCAGAACUCCUACUUCAGCACGGAACAU